GAAGGAGGAGGGCGAGUGGGGUGGGAAUAGAAAUGAGAAUAACACAAGCCUGUUAUCAGAGCUCCUCUUUCUCAAGGUCUUCAAUGGCUUUGGCUGGAGCGCUCCUGACCAACCGCACUGCUCAGCAAGAAAGUCAUUACCAUUCAAUCACCGUCCAGCAAAUCCAAACAGACAGCACAAGGAUCACUUGAGUGGCUGUGGAAGUCCAGAAUCUGGUGAUGGGGGCCUGCUGCAGACCACUGCACUGAAGACCUCCCUAUGCUUUAGCUCAGCGAGAGUGUACAGGUCAACAUACAACUACUGGUAAAGUGACAUAAAAGCCAUAUCAAGCAGGACUGACUGAGCCAGACAGCAGGAUGAAGAUGAUGGUCUUGAUGAUGAUGCUGGGCUUCGGUCUCACUUGUCUCGUGGCACACACACACAGCACACAUCUGGGAUCUCCUACCUGCUCAGCCAACGGGACGACUCGCUCCUUCUUCUGUUUGGGCAGUAAAGUCCAUCAGAUGCCGAGUGACAUUCCGAAAAAUACCACAUACGUGGAGAUCAAGCUGACUCAGAUCAACGUGUUUCCAAAAUGGGCCAUCUCAUCACUUCAUGAGCUCAAGAGAAUAAUGGUGUCUGAGAACGGUGCCCUCAAGGAAAUUGGAGCCUACGCAUUUGCAAACCUAACCAAACUAGAAGAGAUAACUAUUACUAAAUCAAAAAACCUUGUGAGUAUGGAGAAAGAGACCUUCUGGAGACUUCCAAAGCUGAGAUAUCUGACUAUUUCAAACACCGGUCUUACAGUCCUUCCUGACUUCACCAAGGUCCAGUCUGCUGCUCUUGAAUUUUUAUUUGACCUACAAGAUAAUAUGCACAUAAAAGUGAUACCCAGCAAUGCUUUCCUUGGACUUACAAGUGGUAUCAUAACUGAGCUGAGGCUGACAAAGAAUGGAAUCACUGAAGUGGAGAGAAAUGCCUUCAAUGGAACCAAAAUGGAAAAACUUUUUCUCAUGGGAAACCAACAACUGAGGCAUAUCCACAGCUACGCCUUUCUAGGAGCUGAAGGCCCCGUCGUUCUAGACAUCUCUCGUACCGCUGUCAGUGCCUUACCAGAGAGCAUGCUGAAGAGUCUGAAGCUGCUGACUGCCAUCUCCGUCUACUCCCUCCGAUGGUUACCCAGUCUGGAGUUGUUUUCCGAGCUCACUCAGGCCAAUCUGACAUACCCCAGCCACUGCUGUGCCUUCAAAAAUUUCAAAAAGAACAAAUCAGAGAAGAACCAUUUGUGCAAUGAUCCUGCUCUCCGUAACCUGGAGCCGUACUUUUUUGAGGAACACUGUAAGGAUGUGACAGCAGUGAGCUGCUACCCGGAACCGGAUGCCUUCAACCCAUGCGAGGACAUAAUGGGCUUCACCUUCCUGCGGGUCCUCAUCUGGUUCAUCAGCAUCCUGGCCAUCGUUGGCAACUUCAUUGUUCUCCUGGUCCUCCUCAGUAGCCGCUACAAGCUCACUGUGCCCAGGUUCCUCAUGUGUCACCUGGCCUUUGCUGACCUCUGCAUGGGCAUUUACUUGCUCAUGAUUGCUGCUGUGGACAUCCAGACCCGUUCCCACUACUAUAACCAUGGCAUCGAUUGGCAGACUGGCCCUGGCUGCAGGGCAGCCGGCUUCUUCACAGUUUUCGCCAGCGAACUGUCUAUGUACACUUUAACGGCCAUCACACUGGAACGCUGGCACACCAUAACUCAUGCCAUGCAGCUGGAGAGGCAGCUGCGCCUGCGCCAUGCAUGCGCCCUCAUGGCGGUCGGCUGGCUUUUUGCCGUGCUGAUCGCACUGCUGCCCAUGGUGGGUGUGAGCAGCUACAUGAAGACCAGCAUCUGCCUGCCCAUGGAUGUGGAGACAGCGCUGUCACAGGGCUAUGUAAUACUACUGCUGCUGCUCAAUGUAGCCGCCUUCCUGUGCGUUUGCGUCUGCUACCUGCGCAUCUAUGUGACCGUGCGCAACCCUGCCUUCGUGCACUCUCGCGCUGACAUGCGUGUGGCCAAGCGCAUGGCUGUGCUCAUCUUCACCGACUUCCUAUGCAUGGCACCGAUCUCCUUCUUUGCCAUCUCAGCGGCGCUAAAGCUGCCGCUCAUCACCGUGUCGCACGCCAAGGUGCUGCUGGUUCUCUUCUACCCCAUCAACUCAUGUGCCAACCCCUUCCUCUACGCUUUCUUCACCAAGACCUUCAAGAAGGACUUCUUCAUGCUGGCUAGUCGCUUCGGCUGCUUCAAGACACGCGCACACAUCUACCGCACGGAGACCUCUUCGGGCCAAAAUGGGGUGGCCAGUUUCUCCAAAGACCAGCGACGGAACGCUGUACUCACUGGUGCACCUCAGUCACCCUCACUGAGACUGUCUGACCCCCCGCUGACCCCUCUAUGCCCCAGAGGCCUUCCACAACAGUGAACUGCAAGCUGCUCUUAUCAUGUUCCCUUACAAAUGUUCCCUUCUGUGCUGCUUGGACUUCAAAACACAAACAGGAAAAAAAGAACUUAAUAUAU